AUGGAACCUGGGUUGGAAAUCGAUGAUGGCAAUGAAACUAAGGGAGCCAUAUGGGUUUUGGACCAGAAGCUUGAUCAACCUAUGGAGGAGGAGGCUGGAAGGCUUAGAAACAUGUAUAGAGAAAAGAAAUUCUCGUCUAUAUUUCUAUUGCGGCUUGCCUUUCAGAGUCUGGGAGUAGUUUAUGGAGACUUGGGAACUUCUCCAUUGUAUGUGUUCUACAAUACUUUUCCCAAGGGAAUAGAUGAUACAGAGGAUAUUAUUGGUGCUCUUUCAUUGAUUAUCUAUUCGCUUACGCUAAUACCUCUCCUCAAGUAUGUUUUCAUAGUAUGUAGAGCAAAUGACAGCGGUCAAGGGGGGACCUUUGCACUUUAUUCAUUACUUUGUCGACAUGCUAAAGUCAAAACAAUCCCCAACCAACACCGCACGGAUGAGGACCUGACAACUUACAGUCGUAGCACAUUCCAUGAGCUUUCAUUUGCAGCUAAAACCAAGCGAUGGCUGGAGGCAAAUACAUUUAGAAAGAAUGCCCUUCUUAUACUAGUACUUGUUGGCACUUGUAUGGUAGUUGGGGAUGGAAUUCUCACUCCUGCUAUAUCAGUUCUUUCUGCUUCUGGUGGGAUAAAGGUGGACCAUCCAAAGAUGAGUAAUGAUGUUGUUGUAGUUGUUGCUGUAGUCAUAUUAGUAGGUUUGUUUAGUAUGCAACAUUAUGGUACGGAUAAAGUCGGUUGGCUGUUUGCUCCAAUUGUGCUGCUUUGGUUUCUCUUAAUUGGAGGGACAGAAGCUCUUUUUGCUGAUCUUGCCCAUUUUCCGCUUCCGGCUAUACAGCUGGCUUUCACAGUAGUUGUGUUUCCUUGCCUUCUUUUGGCCUAUUCUGGACAAGCGGCCUACCUCAUGCAAAAUAAGGACCAUGUCAUUGACUCAUUUUAUCGUUCUAUUCCAGAUGGCAUAUACUGGCCAAUGUUCAUUAUUGCAACACUGGCUGCUAUUGUGGCUAGCCAGGCCACCGUAUCGGCUACUUUUUCAAUAAUCAAGCAGGCCCUUGCACUGGGCUGUUUUCCCAGAGUCAAAGUUGUACAUACAUCUAAGAAAUUCCUUGGACAGAUAUAUAUUCCCGAUAUGAAUUGGAUCCUUAUGAUUCUUUGUAUUGCCGUAACUGCUGGGUUCAGAAAUCAAAGCCAAAUUGGCAAUGCUUAUGGUACGGCAGUUGUGAUAGUCAUGCUCGUGACCACCCUUCUCAUGACAUUAAUAAUGCUAUUAGUUUGGCAUUGUCAUUGGAUUGUUGUCCUGAUUUUUACUGGCUUAUCACUCGCGGUGGAGUGUGCAUACUUCUCAGCAGUGCUUUUCAAGAUCGAUCAAGGUGGUUGGGUUCCCCUUGUGAUUGCUGCAGCUUUUCUUGUCAUCAUGUAUGUCUGGCAUUAUGGUACAGUCAAGAGAUACAAAUUUGAGAUGCACAGUAAGGUCUCCAUGGCUUGGAUUCUAGGGCUCGGUCCCAGCUUAGGGCUGGUUCGUGUGCCAGGGAUAGGACUCGUGUACACUGAGCUAGCAAGAGGUGUACCGCAUAUUUUUUCGCACUUCAUCACAAACCUACCGGCUAUACAUUCGGUCGUAGUCUUUGUGUGUGUGAAGUACCUUCCUGUCUACACGGUUUCUGAAGAAGAGAGGUUUCUUGUGAAACGAAUAGGCCCGAAGAACUUUCACAUGUUUCGUUGCGUUGCAAGGUAUGGUUACAAAGACCUUCACAAAAAAGAUGAUGAGUUUGAGAAAAAGAUCUUUGAAAAUCUCUUCACGUUUGUUCGGCUGGAGGCUAUGAUGGAAGGGUGUUCUGAUUCAGAUGAGUACAGCAUAUAUGGACAGCAAACUCAGCGGUCAAGAGACUUCCUGCUGAAAGAUAAUGCAUACACCUCUACAUCAGAUAUAAACCUCACGAUCUCAUCAGUGGACUCAAUCGUGCCUGCAAAAUCUCCUCUGCAUGCUAACAGCACAAUCACGUCAUCAGGGCGAGAAAGCAGCCAAAUAGAAAUCGAUGAAUUGGAGUUUUUGAGCAGUUGCAGAGAUGCUGGGGUGGUGCAUAUACUUGGGAACACUGUGGUUAGAGCAAGCAGAGAUUCUGGUAUUCUUAAGAAAAUUGCCAUUGAUUAUAUAUAUGCAUUUCUUAGAAAGAUAUGCAGGGAAAACAGUGUAAUCUUUAAUGUGCCACAUGAAAGCCUUUUAAACGUGGGCCAGAUUCUCUCUGUGUGA